CAAGAAGCUGCUACACUGCGGUCGCCGUUCAUUGUUGUGUUAGACACUUAAUCAUCUUGGAAUAUCGACACACAGCAUCAUGAUGAACAGAAUUUUCAGUGCUUACCUCGUCUGUGUUCUCCUGGGGCCAAGUGUGGCUCAGCAGAUGUCAGCUCGUCUAGUUGGCUGCACAGCAAACGAAGGACGUCUAGAAAUUCUGUACAAUAGAACUUGGAGCACAGUGUGUGAUGAUGAGUUUGGACACCAAGAGGCAUUAGUUGCCUGCAGGAUGGUAGGAUACAACAGCCAAAUAGCAGUUCCCGUGGGGUCAGCCAAGUACGGAGCAGGCUCUGGUCCGAGUCUGUUCGAUGACCUGGAGUGUGUGGGAACGAAACCAGCCUGGCACAGUGUCAACACCCAGGGCUCUACAUAAACGACUGUGAAAACUCAGAAGUUGUCGGAGUCAUGUGCAACCUCAGCUCGUGGCCCACUCCUCAGAUGUCAGCUCGUGUAGUCGGUGGCACAGCAGCAGCAGGUCUUCUUGAGAUAUUUUAUGAUGGAGCUUGGAGCACAGUGUGUGACGAUGGAUUUGGACAGGAAGAGGUCUUGGUAGCCUGCAGGAUGCUAGGAUUCAACAGCACAACAGCGAUCCCUGUGGGGUCUUACAAGUAUGGCGAAGGCUCGGGUCUCAUUCUGUUCGAUAAGGUGGAGUGUCAGGGAGAUGAAACCAGCCUGGCUCAGUGUAACCAUUCAGGAUUUUACAUACACAGCUGUUAUCACUCGGAGGAUGUCGGCGUCAUCUGCAACAGCGCUCCGAUAAUCGCAAAGUUGGUUGAUGGGACUUCGGAUGCGGGGGGACGUCUAGAGUUAUUCGUCAACGGUCAGUGGGGCACAGUGUGUGACAAAGGAUUUGGACAAGAAGAUGCACUGGUUGCCUGCAGGAUGAUGGGAUUUAACAGCUCUGAAAAAACAGCAACAGCUGUAAGCUCAUUUAAGUACAGAGAAGGAACGGGUGCCAUUCUACUCGCUGAUUUGAAAUGUAAUGGAACUGAAACCAGAUUAGAGCAAUGCAACAAUGCACUCUUUUAUAACAACCAGUGCGAACACUCACAGGAUGUCGGCAUCAUCUGCAACGCCAAUCCAGUAAUCGCAAGGCUGGCUAAUGGAACUUCGGAGGCUGGAAGACUAGAGCUGUUUGUUAACGGAGAAUGGGGUACAGUGUGCAAUGACGAAUUUGAUCGAGAAGAUGCGAUCGUUGCCUGCAGGAUGCUGGGAUUUAACAGUACUGCAAUGACAGCGACAGCUAUAACCUCAAAAUACGGACAAGGAUCAGGUGAAAUUUUCCUUUCUAACUUGAUGUGUCGUGGAUCGGAAACCAGCUUGGAGCAGUGUAGUCAUACUGGGUUUUAUUACCACUACUGUGAUCACUCACAAGAUGUCGGCAUCGUCUGCAACAUCCAACCGAUAAGAGCAAGGCUGGUUGGUGGAACUUCUGAGGCGGGACGUCUGGAACUUUUCUUUAACGGUGAAUGGGGCACAGUGUGUGACAAAGGAUUUAUCCAAACCGAUGCGCAGGUUGCCUGCAGGAUGCUAGGAUUUCACAGCACUGCAACAAAUGCAACAACUGCCAAGUCCUCAAAAUACGGACAAGGAUCAGGUGACAUCCUCCUCUCUGACUUGAUGUGUCGUGGAACAGAAUCCAGCUUAGAGCAGUGCAGCCAUCCAGGUUUUUACAACAACCGUUGUGAUCACUUACAGGAUGUAGGCAUUAUCUGCAAAAUCAUUGAACAGAUGCGAGCACGUGUAGUCAACGGGACGUCGGCGGCAGGACGUCUGGAGAUAUUCUUCAAUGGAGAAUGGGGAACAGUUUGUAGUGGAAUCGGAUUUCAAAAUGAGGAGGCUCAGGUAGCCUGUAGGAUGCUAGGAUUUAACAGCACUGGAGCAGCAGUUGUUGACACAGUCAAGUACGGUCCAGGUACAGGUCCUGUUCUUCUACAGCACAUGAGGUGUAAGGGAACAGAAUCUAGUCUCGCACAGUGCGGGAUCCAACUGUAUUCUAGCAACUGCGACCACGAGAACGACGUUGGUGUCAUCUGUAACAUUAUGUCAGAUGAGCAGUUGGCAGCGCGUCUGGCAGAUGGGACAUCAGAGGCAGGGCGUUUGGAAAUACUUUUCGACGGAGAAUGGGGCACAGUGUGUGGCGUUGGAUUUGAAAAAAGAGAAGCUGAAGUGGCAUGUAGAAUGUUGGGAUUUAACAGCACUGGAGCUUUAGCCAUCAGUUCAGUCAAAUACGGUCCAGGUGCAGGUCCCAUUCUCUUCGAAGAUGUGAAAUGUCAGGGAACAGAAUCCAGUCUGGCGCAGUGCAAGAUCAAAUUUUUUUAUUCCCGUAGCUGUGACCAUGAAAAGGGCGUUGGUAUCAUCUGUAAUAUCACGACACCAAUGACAGCUCGUUUAUAUGGCGGGACGCCAGAAGCAGGGCUUCUUCAAAUAUCAGUAAAUGGAGAAUGGACUACCGUGUGUCCGGAAAGAUUUGAGCAGAACGAAAUUGAGCUGGCCUGCAGGAUGCUGGGAUUUAACAGCACUGGGCAAACAGCUGUUAGGUCUGUCAGAUUUGGAGCGGGCUCAGAAUUUCGAUUUGCGUAUAUAAAUUGUAAAGGAAUGGAAACCAAUCUUGAACAAUGCGAGUUUGGAAAACUUCACAAAAUCCACUGCUUUGAUGUCGGUCUCCUCUGUGACAUCAAAACCUUUAGUCUACGACUGACAGGACCUCACCGUACAGACAGUAACAUGGGGCGUGUAGAAGUGAAGAUUGGAAGUAAACAUUUUAGCACAGUGUGUGUAAACAACGAGAAAACUGCCGCAGUCAUCUGCAGACAACUCAAUUUAACUUCAAAUGGUGCAGCACUGGUAGACGGUUGGGUGUUUGGAGCAAAGAAAAGCCCUUUACUUGAAGCUGGGUUUUUUUGUAAUGGUAAUGAGAACAGUCUUUUUGAGUGUGGCCGGAAUAAAAGUACGGAGGACUGUUAUGCCGAUGACGUUGGCGUGGUCUGCAGCAAAGAUUACAGACUUUAUAUAGUUUCGGAGGCCGAAAAGUACCCUUUUAUGGAAGGAACAAAGGAAGUUCUAAUGUGUGUAAAACCACGAAAGUACAUUCGGGUACUUGAAUACAUAUGGUCAGGCAAAGGUGAUGGUCGUUCUCAAGGAAAUCGUCUGUUCUACGAUAAUCUGACGAGAGACUACAAUGGGCGUCAAGUACUUUGUCAAGCCUCUAAUCCUGACGGUGCCUUUGAUCUUAGUGAACAUCUACAGAGUGGCAUUCUUGUGUUAAACGUUUACUAUAAGCCGUUGAUUACAAUAACAUGGACUAAUAACACCGGGGAACAACAGCCCUUGUCAAGUCUUUCUGAGUUAAACCCUGGACACAACGUGACCCUGUGGUGUGAGGCUGACAGUAACCCUCCCCCCGCGUCCAUCACGUGGUCAGGAAGAGUGAACAGCACGACUGGGGAGUUACGGAUCCUAGCGGCAGACCACGUGACACACAGCGGUGUGUACACCUGUACCGUCGUCACUGAAACCGCUGAUGAUGACGACAGACUUCCGCUGACCUCAUCUUACCACCUCACCCUCAGUGUUCAAGUCAGUGCUAGGUGGCAGCUCAGCUCUUUGAUCUCAUAUCCAUCCAGCCAAUAAUAUGGAGAUCAACAAGCACGUGAGCAGCCCCUUGCAAAUCAUGGUUUAGUCUUUGUUUAUUACUUAUUUAUUACGUAAACUUAUUUACUUAUUAAUUACGCCAACACUUCUUUUUUUAUUUAGAGAAGGAAUACUGCACAAAUAAGUCCUGCUGUAGCAUAGAAUGUCAGUCACUAAAUGAAUACCUUUUGUUUCGUAGUUUAUAUAUCAAUUACAGUGCACAAAUUGAUAACAGUAUCCUGUUUCAGCACACCAUCUCUUCCAAAUAUCUCACUGACAAGCAAAGAAGCAGAUGACAUUCAAAUGGGAGCAGCAUGAUGUCAGUCUGAAAUGCCAGAGGUUACAGCCAGGUCAUUCGGCAUCCCACUACAUGUCCAGAAGA